AUGCGCUUAUUUUCAAUAGGGAGGCGGAGGGUUGUCCACGACCCGAUGGUGGACAUAGAGGGCCUACUGAUCCAUCAUGCCUGGACGGAAAUUGCAGACCCUAACAUAUUUGAUAGAAUAUUCAAGAACAAAAAAUUUCAGUUGGAAGUAAACUGGAGUCACUUGGACAUCAGCCAUCAACUGACUUCAUUCAGGAUUCGGAACAGAUCGGGAACAGACCAAAUUAUAGGUGGUAGUUCGUUCGCUCAAAAAUCGAAAUCCCAAACAACAUCGGAAAAAUUGAGAAGCAAGGUCCUCCGGAGGGAUCUCUGUCUCUUCAGGACUGAGUUCACCAAUACUUCCGACGAGGCGCAAACAUUCACUUUUAAAACUGAAAGGAAAACGACAUCCAGACAAAAGAGAUUAAAGAGACAAAACAUCGCAUUCAAAAUCAGAUGCGACAUAAGCAUCCAGCAAGGUUUCAGGAUCGGUGGGAAUGUCGACAUUCGAGUGUCCAUCCCGACAACUCCGGCAGGGAUGCUACCGAAGGUGGCCGACGCCGCAGCGAGCGAACUCGAUACUUGUCGAAUCACCGGCGGACUCAGCGGAGAGCUCCAUGUAACCAAGGCUACCGGACAAACGAUUGAAGAGAAUUUAACGUGGGGAGUGGAUAGCCAGGUGAAUGUUGAACCAAAAUCACGUGUCGUAGCAGCUCUGAUGAUCAGAGAGGAGGAACUAACAGCUGAUUUCGUCAUCACCACGACCAUCAGGGCAAUUCAUUCCGUGGUACAAGUCUACAUUAAGGACAAGAAAACGAAAAGAUUGUUAGAGAUAUUAGAAAUACCAGCCAAAAAUUUAGCGGAUAUUUUAGGGUCAGAUAGAUUCUCAAAACUGGAGAAUAACGUGGUGCAGUGCGACACAAAAGGCAACAUAAAGGCAGUGUAUGGGGCCGAGCAGGUCAUCAGGGUCGACUCCUACAAAGACCUCAAAGGGGGGUUCGUCGAUGGAGAGGCUCACAAAUUUGAUUCAACACUGCCCACCCUAGCCACUGAUGGUUAUUUGGUCGAGGAAGCCUAA